UCUCUCUCACUACAACUCUACAACACAAUCCCUCUCUCUCUCUCUCUCUCUCACCCCACAUACAUACAUACAUACUCUCUUCUCAUCUGGGUCCUGCUCAAAAUGACCAAGGAAGUGGCGGAGCACGGCUCUUACGGAGCGAAGGACUACCACGAUCCGCCGCCGGCGCCGCUGAUCGACGCGGAGGAGCUCACCAAAUGGUCCUUCUACAGGGCUUUGAUAGCUGAGUUCAUAGCCACACUCCUGUUCCUCUACAUCACUGUGUUGACGGUGAUAGGGUACAAGAGCCAGUCGGCGGCCGACGCAUGUGGUGGGGUGGGGAUUCUCGGCAUUGCAUGGGCUUUCGGCGGCAUGAUUUUCAUUCUCGUUUACUGCACCGCUGGAAUUUCCGGGGGUCACAUAAACCCGGCGGUGACCUUCGGGCUUUUUCUGGCCCGGAAAGUGUCGCUGGUGAGAGCAGUGAUGUAUAUGGUGGCUCAGUGUUUGGGGGCCAUCUGCGGAGUUGGGCUUGUCAAGGCCUUCCAGAGAUCGCAUUACAAGAGGUACGGCGGCGGCGCCAACGGGCUCUCCGACGGCUACAGCGUCGGAGUUGGGUUGGCCGCUGAGAUCAUCGGAACUUUCGUCCUUGUCUACACUGUCUUCUCCGCCACUGACCCCAAGAGGAACGCCAGAGACUCUCACGUCCCUGUGUUGGCACCUCUCCCAAUUGGAUUUGCAGUGUUCAUGGUUCAUUUGGCAACGAUCCCCAUAACCGGCACCGGCAUUAACCCUGCAAGGAGUCUUGGAGCUGCAGUUAUCCUCAACGACGACGAGGCUUGGCAUGAUCAUUGGAUCUUCUGGGUAGGACCCUUUAUUGGUGCAGCCAUUGCGGCCUUCUACCACCAGUUUAUUUUGAGGGCAGGAGCAGCUAAAGCCCUUGGAUCAUUCAGGAGUGGUUCCCAUGUCUGAUGAUUAUUCCUAUGUAUCAUGUUGUCCCCAGAAAAACCACCUUUUUUUCUCCCUUGUUUUAGUAUUUAUGCUUUGCAAGCAGAAGAUUGAACCAGAGAAAUUUCAUGUUAAUUAUGAAUAAUCCUUUCAGUUCAAUUUUAUGUUGUAUGUUAAGUUUUUGUGUAUGAAUUUCUCAUCCUUUUAGUACA